AACACCACCACACUAUCUCUUUCACCGUUCUUCUUCACCUUGAUUGCAUCGAUCUGUUCUUCCACCCAAAAUAUUUUUUCGGGUCACUAAAUUUUCCCCUCGCUAGUCCUUCAAAAUCAAAAUGCCUAAUGACCCCGUCCCAGUUACUCAUUCUGGAUUAAAUUCCAAUUCCUACCACUUCCCGACUUAAACCUCGGCUCUCACUCUCAAUGGCUGCAUCAGAAUCCAGGAAGAGAAAGCAGCCUACUCACAGAAAGCUACUCAGAAAUGCCAAAGUCGAAAUGAGGAGUGAAGAAGAAGGGUUUCAGGGCUCCUGGCACCCGGGGACUGUAAUUUCCGUCGACUGCAAACGACGUCGUCACGUUCAGUACCAUCAUUUUCUGAACGAUGAUGGUGAUAGUCUUGUUGAUGUUGUUUCCGUUUCACCCAUUUUGGAUGGCAUUGAUUCCGGCAAUGUGGACCGGACUUGCUAUCGGGGGAAUAUAAGGCCGUUGCCGCCGAAGAUCGAGUUAUCAAAAUCUAGGCUUCGAUCAGUAUGGUCUCUGUGUUGAUGUGUUCCAUAAUGAUGCUUGGUGGGAAGGUGUCAUCUUUGAUCAUGAUGCUGAUUCAGAGGAGAGGAUGAUCUUCUUUCCGGAUCUGGGGGACGAGCUCAAGACUGGAAUUGACACUCUGCGAAUUACUCAGGACUGGGAUGAGUUUACGGACAAUUGGCGGCAGCGUGGGAUUUGGGUGUUUCUUGAGCUGAUUCAGAAAUACAAGCAAGAAUGGUACAUUGCUGGUGUUUCCCUGAAGCAGAUUUGGUAUGACGUGCGAGACAAGGAGGAGUUUGAGGAGCAGAUCAAGGAGUGGACGUGCCCGAUUAGAGAUGUGUGGGAAGAGCUGGUGGUGAAGGUAAUUGAUGAUAACAUAAACAUCACUGUAGACACACUGCUUGGUUUUUUGGAUUUGCCAAGAUGCAUGUCAUCAGAGGCAGAAGGGACCCAGGUAGAAUUGGAUUCUGCUGAUUUUGUUUCUGAUGCUAAUCUGAGUCCUUUUCCCUGGUUAUGUGACCAGUUCCUAAAGAAUCCUAAAUCCAACAUGGUAGUCCCUUUUCCUGAUGUAACCAAGUGUAUUCUGCCAUUGGAAGAUAAGAACCGGUUGAGUUGUAACCAAGUAUAUUCUAGGAAGAGAACUGGUAGUUUAAAGAGGAGAUUGGGAACACCGCAGAUGGCAACUCCAAGUACUACAAGCUAAGGAAGAUAUCAGGUAAUGUAAGUUUAACAGCAGCCAUAGCUAGUUGAAUUAGAUUGUAAAUGUACUGUCAAGUAGUUUUUUGCAGUAUGGUCGUGCUUAUAACAGAUCAUGAAGUGAUCUCUAAAGCUUUUUUGAUACUUGGGAACGCUUGGUGCGGCCGAGUAAUCUUUUGGAGCUUUGAUAGUGUGGAAAGCAAGGUAGUUGAAAGAAUGGCAUAUAUUGUAGUUGUAAGAACUAAGAAGUCUAUUGGGAACAAUGCAGAUGGGCUACAAGUACUACAAGAUCAGGGAGGAUAACAGCCAGUAGAAGCUGAUUAGCAGCUAUCACUGCUUGAACUAAAAAUAUGUACUAUAUUGUGCUUGUAUGUACUAUGUUCAUAUUAAUGGAAGUUGUUUUCCC